AUGCCGGCCUCCUCUGCCAUCCACCAGUCCCUCAGCGUCCUCCUCCCCAGCCACGCAGCAAAAUUGCCGUCGCAAUUGGUGCAUCUGUCCGAGUCGCUGCUCGCGCAGUCGCGCCAACGGGCGUCGCACCUGAAAACCGACGAAGAGAUCGCCCGGGCCUAUGCGUGCUGCGAGAUUGCGUGCAAGCGGUUGCGCGCGCAGUGUCGCCUACCAGCCGUCAAGGCCGGUGGGGCACCGUGUAAGCCGGCCGUGUAUAAGAAGCUGGUGACUUUUCUAGAGAGAGUGUUAGACACGGACGUCACAGCGAGUAUAGCCACACCAAAGGCGAAGACUCCUACGACUGGCAAAAGAAAGGCCACCGAGGCGGAGCUUGACCUUGAGCUUGAAGACGAACCUAACGAAACACCGUCUAAGAGGCCGAGAAACAAUCACACACCGUCUACGACACCGAGGAACGCCGCAUUUCUCAAGGCCACCUCGAGAAAGAAGAAUACAACCGCUUCACAAGAGAAUCAAGAUGGAACUCAACAGGAAGCACCAGCUUUCGUGGUGCCCUCGAUCCGCAAACUGUGCAGAACGUUUGCGACCCCUCUACUCGCUGCGCAUGUGUACACGGGGACAUGUAUCGUCCUGAAGCUGACAGGGCUAUGGCCGCGUGAUGAAGAAGCCGAGGACGAUGACAGGGACGAGGACGAGAAUGGAACAGGGACAGGAAUUGCCUCAGGGAUUGGCACGGGACAACCCCCUUCUUCACAAGGCUCCUCCUCCGAUGAGACCGUCAUGGGCCUCCUGAUCGCAUUAUACCUGAUGACCCUGACGCGCAUGCAGACCGCCAAGAUGACGGCGCCCAUUUACAAGGCGACAUGCGCCAAAAGCGUCCAAGUACUCUCGUACCAACCCGGCACGGAUGGUGUGGAGGCGUGGAUCCGGAGGAUCAAUCGCGAAGGGUACUGUCGUGGCCAGGACUGGUGGGACAGUGUGCCUGAGUCGGUAUUUAACUUCGAUCCUCCUGACAGCAGUGCUACCGGUGCCCGCCAGAGUGGCGGUAAGCGUGCUGUCGGGGGAAGCAAAGCGAAUGUAGAGAGCGAGCAUGCUGAGCUGGCCCACGAAGGGGAUGAGGAUGAGGAUGAGGAUGGCAUAAUAUCCACCACCCGCAAAUCUAGACGCAGGGAGACCGUCUCUCGGGGAGCACGAGAAGCCGAGCGAACGGAUGAGGAUGAAGACGACGACGAUCCCGAAGGCGUCCUACUUCCCGGUCUGGCUACGAUGAUGCAGCACGCAGUGGACUUCACGAGUGAAGACCGAACGCAGGACUUUGACGCGUGGAAAAGGACGUUUCUUAGGAAGCUCGACAGAUUGGAUAACGCGGCUGCGGCUGCGGCUGGAAAGCCAAAGCCGGCCAGAGUCAGUGCCGGUAGGAGGCUGGCCGUCAAGUGA